AUGUGCCAUGCAGUCCCGUUAAGGAAGAAACAACAACCAAUUAUUGUGCCUCCUAUAUCUCAAAUUCCAAAUAUCGGCUGUUCACCGGAAGAUAAUGCUCCGGUGGUCGAGGAACAUUCAAUAUUCAAAUCAACCGACACCCCGUACAUUCAACUGGCCAAAAUGGGUGGACGAGCAGAUUUGCUCUGUUUCAAAGAGAACGAACCGUAUCGUGGCCCACCUGUCCCCUAUUGUCGUUGUGAUUGGUACUAUUUGGAAGAUAAUGCACUCGAAGAGAAACAAAAUGCAAAACCGGCAGAAAAAUAUGUCUUCAAAGUUCCAUUCUAUAUGACACAUCAAGAAUGCAAGCGUCCGGAAGAAGUGACCAAACCGAUUGUACAGAGCACACCACCAAAACUGUCACCUCAAGUCAAACCGAAAAAAUGUGGCAAAUUGUCCUCACAUCGACCGGGAUAUGCGGAUUAUAAUCGAAAAAUGAAUAAAAUUGGCAUCGCCUAUAAACCACAAGUGCACAGUGAACCGAUUCGAUUCCCGAAGGUAAGCAAUGCUAAAUCUCACGUCUUCACUUGUUCAUCGAUCUGGGCAAUUUGUUUGCACACGUUUCAUCCUUAA